AGGAGAUGGCUGGUCCUUCAAGUUGGACGCUACGUCGACAUAUUGGCAUGGUGGAUUCCACAAUGAUUACAGUUGAGAAUUGUGAUUGCAAUGAGAGGCAUAGCAGCCAUGAUGCAGCACAGUUGGCAUGCGAGAGGCAAACUGAUUUGCCAGGGCAUGCGAGGGAUCCGGAAGCUGAUAGCGGCGGUCAGCAUUUUGCUUCUUCCCAAAGGCAGCCACCAUGCGGCCUGCUGUCCAGCAGCAGCUUCCGUGGCGGAAAGCAUGGCCAGCAAUCUGUCACUGAAAGGGCAAGCGAAGGGCUGGCAGCUGAGAGGGCAUCGCAUUCUGUUCCCACACUCAGUCCUGGACGUGGAAUUGAAUCAGAGAUUGAACCUGGAUCUGCACCCCUACUUACGAGUGCAUCCAACGGCGCAUGUGUAAGUGAACCAGGGCCUGAACAUGGACCUGGACCUGGACCUGGAGUUGGGCCUCAGCUUGAACCUGAAGGGAAGUGGAAAUGGACCUGGAAUAUCAUCAACAGGCUUGGAAUUGCGGUGGGAAGAAGUGGCAAGCCUCCUCCUCCUCCUCCUUCUCCUCCUUCUCCUGUUGCCGAUGCUGCUACAACUAGCUUGUCUGAAGGCGCGCACCAAGUUGUACAAAUCACCUCACACCAGUCCCAGGAGCAGGAGACCCAGGCCAGGAGGAGUAAGCGUGAAUUGGUGAAUGCGAGGAGGAGGGAACACUUGUCUUUUGCUGGAAACUCUGAGGCUGAUACCGCUCGAGCAGGAGCUGGUGGUUGUAGAGGUAUUCGUCGUAGGAAAAAACAGCAAGCGCCUAGGCCUCUUGGUUGGGGCAGCAGUCAGGCGGAUCAGGACAAGUGGAGGUGGAGCAUGAGACGACAGCAAGCUUCUGCAAUUUUGUGCUUCUUUCUGGGCUUGGGAGUUUCUGCAUUUUUGUUUAGCCGGCUCUAUGUGAAGGGCUUGGAAGAACACAGGAAAACGUUGCAGGGUAUCUGUGAUCAGAGCACGAAUGUACUGAGAGGUGAAUUCCAGCAUGCAAUGCAUGGUGUCAGGGUUCUUUCCACUGUCAUCCAGCAAUUCCAUGCCGUUAGAAGCAAGCCGAUAUUGGACCUGGAGACAUUUGUUCGGUUUGAAGCAGCCACAUCUUUCUCCCGCCCAGAGACAGCAUGGAUGACAUAUGGUCUCCAAGUAAUGGAGGAUGAGAAGGUGGCAUUUGAGUCAAAAGUGCGACAAGUUGCUGCCAAAGAUGAGCCGUUGUUGUUGAACAGGAUUACUGAUGCUGCAGCAUGGGUUAAUUUCAAGGCAGUGAACGGAACAAUUAAAAUCAAUUCAACGUGUAAUAUGUUCUCACCCGGCAAGGCUUCCCUGGAGUCGUAUCCAGUGAUUCUUUCCAAUGGCCCCAGCUUGAGACUUCUCGGCUUCGACCUGCUGGCAUGCUUCUCGGCCGUAGAUGGGUAUUUGGACGCUGUUUUGGAUGCAAGUGCGAAGGGAGAGAUUCUGUUCUUUCGACCCUACAUAGCUCGCUCAGAGGGUUAUCCGAAAACAUUGCUGAUCUUGAUGGUGCCGAUCUACAAGACGACGAAGGUGUCGGUGAACUACCCAGAUUACGCCAAUGUAACACGACAGGAGCGCCUCGACGCCCUUGAUGGAGUCCUUACAUUGGGGUUUCAAUUUGAUCCCCUUCUUCGAAGAAUACAGAGCGAGAUUAAGGGUCUGCCAGAUGCACGAAUGGCAAUUGCAGACAUCACAGAUCCCGAAAAUCCUCUUCCACUGGAUCUCACCAGCCUGCAGGAGUACCAUGACACAAAAAAGUUCAACCGCUCACUGUUCGCGGUGAGCUCGGAGUUGGAUUUGUAUUCUCAUUCGCGCAAGUAUGAAGUCUGGUGUUUUCGCAAGAAGCCCAAAUUUGUUCCAAGGCAGGAAUUGAUGUGGGUGUCUUUGUGCUUGGUCAUCUCCUGGCUGUUGGUGUACAUCCUGUGGGCCGGCGCUGUUCGCAUGGAGGGCAUGCGAAAGCACCUACUUCGAGUGGAGUUCCUGAACGACGAACUGAGUGCAGCGAAGGAGGCAGCAGAAGUUGCGGAUCUUUCCAAAUCAAGCUUUCUGGCUACGAUUUCACAUGAAAUACGCACACCAAUGAAUGGUGUGUUAGGAAUGCUUAGCCUUCUCCUGGACACAGAUCUCACUGGUUUGCAGAUGGACUAUACGGAGACGGCACUUACAAGCGGCAAUAUUCUCAUCUCAAUCAUCAACGACAUUUUGGACGUGUCGAAAAUCGACUCCGGGCUCAUGGAUCUGGAAUCCAUACCGUUCAACCUUCACUCGCUGUUUGAUGAAGUUCUCAGCAUGUCCAGCGACAAAGCGAGGGAGAGAAACCUUGAAUUUGCGGUGUUAAUCCAAGACGCUGUGCCUGCAGUGGCCGUAGGAGAUCCCAGCAGGAUUCGCCAGCGAAAAGGAACCGCGGGGGUCGAUGGCGACGAGUCGCUGAUGACCACUUUGAGUAGCCGCAUGACGAAAACGACCGCCGCGAUGAAUGAAGGAGAAGACCACCACCACGGCGAAGGAGAAGGCCACGACGACGACGAAGGAGAAGACCACCAUGAUGGCAAAGGAGAAGGCCGCCAAGAGCAUGAAGGAGAAGACCACCACGAUGGCGAAGGAGAAGAUCACCGCGAUGAUGGAGAAGCCCAGCUCCGCUACUCACCAAAUGUGCAAAAUGAGAAUGAAUCUUCGUCUAAACCUUCGGAAGAUUCAUCACGCCUGGUUCGCCCCCUGCUUCCCAAACGUUCCCGUCACCUGCGGGACCUCAGCCUCGCCCUGACCAGAUGGAUAAACCGUUAAAAAAGAAAGGAAUAAAAAAAAUAAAAAGAAAUGGAUCUC